GUAGGGGGCAGCACUGCACCGCAGGACGUUCAGCUACACCGAAGAGCAACCGACCAACCGACAGAAGAAAGGAACAGCUUGUUCCUCCCCUCCAUGAUUCCUCCCCUCCCUGGUUCCUCCCCUCCCUGGUUCCACCGGCUUUUAGCUUCUAGACCCAGAAGGUCGUUCGCAGCUGGCCGCUAUUUGACGAGACUUCAAACCAAAACGAAUCUAAAUCAUUUCACUUUACAGCGAGUUUGUGUCUCUAAACGUGGAGUGUUGUGAGUAUUGCUGAAAACAACAAAGGAACCCGCUGUACGUCGCGUCUGGUCGGGAAACCGUGUUAGCUAACGUUAAGCUAACGUUAAGCUAACGUUAGCUUCGCCGCUAGCUCCAGCGGCAGGAGAAGUUGUUGAAGUGACGCUAGUCAACUAGCCAGAGAAUGCUCGUUAUUCGUUAUUCAUUCAACGCUACGUGUGAAUGAAUAUAGUCGCACUGUAGCAGGGAACCUUGAAUCCCACUGGCCAGUCUUACUUGUUGGACUAGACCCCUGUGGAGGAUCCCCCUUCCUUGAACUGACCAGACCCCGGGGGGGGGGGGGGGGGGGAUCAGCUUCUCUCACCCAGGAUCUCCUUCCUUGACCUGACGGUGUGGUGCUGGUGUGAUGGCAGCCUCGGCCAGUGCCCGGAGGUUCCCCAUGGGGGUGCGGACAUUUAGUGACUUUCUCCAGAUUGCCGCUGUGGGCACAACUCGCUCGUGUCGUACAGCGGUGCCAAGAGGAUGCAUGCGACAGAACAUCAGACACUUGUCGUCAUGUGGCAUUUUGAUGACUAGAACUCCCAGAGUGCUUUGCCUUCACGACUGGGACACAAUGACAACUGUUCCCCCAAGCAGAAACUUCAUCAGUCUCACCAACAAAAGGAAGGAGUACUCCGAGCGUAGGAUACUUGGGUUUUCUAUGCUCGAAAUGUAUGAUGUGGUAGCCAAUGUUGACGAAUACAAGCACUUUGUGCCGUGGUGUAAGAAGUCCCAGACCAUCAUGAAAAGAGCAGGCCACUCCAAAGCCCAACUGGAAGUGGGAUUCCCUCCAAUGGUGGAGAGAUACACGUCUAUGAUCACUUGUGUCCGGCCUCAUCUAGUCAAAGCAGUGUGUACAGAUGGAAAGCUCUUCAAUCACCUGGAGACGAUAUGGCGUUUUAGUCCUGGCAUUCCUGGUUACCCUCGCACCUGCACGGUAGACUUUUCUAUAUCCUUUGAGUUCCGCUCCUUGCUGCACUCCCAGUUAGCCACCAUGUUCUUCGAUGAGGUUGUAAAGCAGAACGUCGCUGCGUUUGAGCGACGAGCCGCCAAGCUCUACGGCCCAGAGACUCGUAUCCCACGAGAGCUGAUGUUUCACGAGGUGCAUCAGACGUGAUCUCAGCAGCUGUAUGUCCUCAUCUGGCCUUAAACCAUACCGACCUUUAUUCCCUUUAUCCACACCAACCUGCAUGAUGCUGUUUACUUGCCCAUCACAUCAAGUGUCCAUCACAACUCCUGAAGAUGUUAGACAUCCAGACUCUUGUAAGCAUUCAUUUCCUCCUCCUUGUGUUAAGUCUGUCCACUUUCUGUCUACCUCCACUUAAAGUAUCUCUGUUUAGCAGAAGGAACCCUCCACUGCUCUCGCUCCAUGCCAGUUACAAGCUGUAUUUAUAGAAACACAACAGUAAAUCAUUACAACAUGUUACCGA